AUGAUUAAUUAUCGAUUAGGGAUGAGAUCAAUGAAUGAUUUUAGUGGAAUCAUGUUUGACCAAGAAAAAAAUCGUGUGCCUCAUCAUAAAUCAAAUAAUCUCAAUCAAAUUUUGAAAGAACUACGGUUGAUGUUUCAAGAUUUUUAA